AAUCAGUCAUGAUGAAGUCUGGCCUUCUCUUAUUUGUUGCCUUUGGAGUCUUCAGCUCUAUGCAGCUACUUGCACUGGGACAAGAGUCUGGAUCAGUGGCUGUUGGUGGCACUCCUAGCGUCAGUGUCCUCCGUGGUCGUGAUGGCAGGGAUGGGCCACGAGGAAGAGACGGACGUGAUGGAGUGCAAGGACCAGUGGGCCCAAGGGGAUCCCCCGGAAUGAAUGGACCUCCUGGUACAUCUGGAGCCCCUGGACCAAAGAGUGGGGGUGUGGUCUACACCAGGUGGGGUAAGCAUACCUGCAGAGAUGGAGCCAAUCUAGUCUAUGCUGGACGAAUGGCUGGGAGUCACCACAUUGCUGUUGGUGGUGGCACCACACGACUGUGCAUGCCCAAUAAUCCCGACUACACCCUCCCAUUCAUUAAUGGUGUGCAGAACUAUAGCCCACUACACAAUGUCGAAUAUCAGGACACUGUUCGAAGCCAUGGCCACGAUAUUCCUUGUGCUGUGUGUGUGGUGCCCACUAACAACCUUGUGCUAAUGGUACCCGGCAAGAGCUCUUGUCCAGCUGGAUUCAUGAGAGAGUACUAUGGCUACCUCAUGUCGGAGAGGGUGCAUACUACUCAUCAUCGAUCUACAUUUGAAUGUGUUGACAAAGAUCUCGAGUCUGUACAUGGAAGUUCCCAAAUGCAGUAUCACGGUCUGUUUGGUCAUGUCGAGGCUGUGUGUAAUUCACUCGCUUGCCCUCCUUACAAUAAUUACAAAGAGAUCAACUGUGCUAUGUGCACAAUGUACAAAGCAGUUGUUGCACGGAAAGAUAUCAGCCAUGGUGAAAUCCGGUGUUCUGCUACUAUUUGGUGUGUUCGGUUCUUUGCAGCUGCUAGUAAUAGCACAAGUGUCCUCCGUGGUCGUGAUGGCAGGGAUGGGCCACGAGGAAGAGACGGACGUGAUGGAGUGCAAGGACCAGUGGGCCCAAGAGGAUCCCCCGGAAUGAAUGGACCUCCUGGUACAUCUGGAGCCCCUGGACCAAAGAGUGGGGGUGUGGUCUACACCAGGUGGGGGAAGCAUACCUGCACUGAGAGAUGGAGCCAAUCUAGUCUAUGCUGGAGUAAUGGCUGGGAGCCACUACGGUACAAGUGGUGGUGGCACUACUCGACUGUGCAUGCCCAAUGAUCCUGACUACACCCUCCCAUUCAUUAAUGGUGUGCAGAGCUACAGCCCACUCUACAAUGUCGAAUAUCAAGACACCGUGCGAAACCAUGGCCACGACAUUCCUUGUGCUGUGUGUGUGGUGCCCACUAAAGACCUUGUGCUAAUGGUACCCGGCAAGAGCUCAUGUCCAGCUGGAUUCACGAGAGAGUACUAUGGUUACCUCAUGUCGGAGAGGGUGCAUGUUAAUCAUAAACGAUCUACAUUCGAAUGUGUUGACAAAGCUCUUGAGUCUGUACAUGGAAGUUCUAAGUAUCAGUUAAAUGGUCUGUUUGGUCAUGUUGAGGCUGUGUGUAAUGCACUCGCUUGCCCUCCUUACAACAAUUACAAAGAAAUCAACUGUGCUAUGUGCACAAUGUAGCUGCUCUGCAUGUUUUAAACACAUUAUAAUUUUUAUGAACUGAAUGAGCUAAUAAUUAUAGUCGGUUCAGUAUAAUUGUUAUCUGUAUGAUUGCAUGAUAUGGAUGAACACCGGCCUUGUUGUAAAUUCUCUAGUAAAUUACAAAAAUGAAUGCUAUGCAACAUCAACUUGUAAUGCAGGUAGAAAAACAUAAUAGGUACAGGAAGAUGUGUGUAGGAAGCUAGGAAUCACUUACAUGC